UGCGUCCAGCGACCGACGACUGCCGCAAGCAGCGACCUUACCGCGUAGUGGUGCGUUGUGUCUUUCGUGUGUGCUGCGCCCGAACGCGUCGCUCGCGCGCUCCUCCUAUAGACUCCCUUGUGUGCAUAGACGUUCGCAUCCCGCAUCGCCAUGGGAAUACCGGUGUUCGACCAGCUGAGCUGGGCCUACCACAGCGUACUGUCCAACACAGACCCUCGUGUGGCCAAGUGGCCGCUCAUGGGCAGCCCGCUGCCGGUCAUCUCCAUCCUCAUUGGAUACGUCUACUUCGUCAAGGUGUGGGGACCAGCAUGGAUGCGGGACCGCAAGGCGUUCAACCUGCGGAACAUCAUCCUCGCCUACAACGCGGGUCAUGUGGCCGCCAACGCGUUCUUCUUCUUCUACGGCGGCCGGUUGACGUACCUGUUCGGCGACUACUCGUGGUUCUGCGAACCCGUCAACCUGACGGAGGAGCCGAAGUCGAUGCUGCUCAUCACUCUCGGCUGGUGGUACAUGCUGCUCAAGCUGAGCGAACUGAUGGACACUGUGUUCUUCGUGCUCACAAAGAAGAACAGCCACAUAUCGGCUCUGCACGUCAUCCACCACUCGCUCGUCGCCUGGUCCGUCUGGCUGGGCGUCAACUUCGGUGCCACGGGACAGAACGCGUUCUUCCCGUUCCUCAACUGCUUCAUCCACAUGAUCAUGUACACGUACUACGCGCUCGCCGCCCUGGGCCCCCGGCUCAGGCCUUACCUGUGGUGGAAGCGCUACCUGACCCAGCUUCAGAUGAGCCAGUUCAUCGCGCUCAUGUUCCACGGUGCCAUCCCGGUGUUCUACGACUGCGGUUUCCCGCCCUACUUCGGCUACCUGACCAUCUUCGAGGCUGUGCUCUUCUUCGUGCUGUUCUUCAACUUCUACGUGAAGACGUACUCGCGGAACAACACCCUGCGCCAAGAAAACGGGCUGCGCCAAGAAAACGGCCUUCGCCAAGAAACCGCCAAGUCGCGUUGAGCGCGGCUUCGUCGACGUCCACCGUUCCCUGUAAAUACUCCCCUCCCGUACCUGUACAUAGAGACUGCUUGUCCCAAAGCAACCACCGCCAUUUUUUAGCUCGUAUUAUAAUUAUUUUAUUAUAAAUAAAAGCGACGCUGUACAAAUGAAAA